UGAAUUCGAGAGCCCCUUCCGUGAGCCGGUGAUUGCGGUUGAACUCCCCUGCCCCAUCCUCCUCGUGCGUACAUCAUUUUGGUAUCAGAACUGCUUGAUCCUACGGCCGAAAUUCCCCGGUGAGAUCGCUCCUUGCUUCUCGCUUCGGUUCUAAUUUCGUUCUUAACUUCUAGUUUCAUCAGCUUGACAUAUCAUCAGUAUUUGACUGUUUUGAUUGUGCUAAACUUUGAAUUAUUUAUCGAGCCAUAUGUCAAACUCUUCCUCUUUCAAAGACGAAUCCAACCAUAGGUCGCUUUGGUUGAAAUUUCAAUUUUUACACCUCGAAACAAUGCUCGUAAUCUGACUGAAGAACAUCCGACGAUUACAUCUCAUUGCAAUCAAACUUAACAACCUAUUUCGUGUCUUGCAGGAGAUCGAUUAGGGUCACGACUUGGAAAGGCUCUUCGGCGUCCUGAAUCACAGCCUUCCCCCACGGUUGUAUUGUUCCUUUCAUUCACUUUGAUCAUUUCGAAAUCUGUUUGCAUUUGUGUCAUUACCGAUCGUAUUGUUGAGUGGUUGUUGUUCGUUUCCGAAUUGUUCUUUUGGCAAGAGGUACCAAGCACGAAUCUGGGUAAAUUGUUAGUUGAGAGACUUUUUGUGUUCCAUAAUUGAGCUUAGAAACAGAUUGAAAACAUCUAAGUACUUCUGAAACUGUUUAGGAACCAAAACGUUACUUGUUGCGUGAAGUGCAUGUUUUAGCUUGUACAUGACAUUGUUGCACGUUGAACGUUUCUGCUAUAUUUGUUCGGUCUUAGUGCUGCACGUUUUGUUACUUGCAUAUACCGUGCCUUACUUUCUCAGUAUCAAUGGCAAACGUAUCCAGUGACAGUUCGGUUUAUAGGAUGAUCCAGCAGAUUCAAGAUCGUCUCACACGACUUGAGGAGGUGAGCGAACCCGUGCAAUCUGCUAGGGAGCUAAACAAACAAAGUGAGGGGAAGAGACCCAUGCCUAAAAAUCUAAAGAGGCCUCACCAUGAACCCCUCGAUGAUGGCCGAUUCAAGGAUCCAUAUGACCGAGAAUAUCGUCGACCAACUCGUGAUGAGAGGGCUGAUCCAAAGUUCAAACCUUUCGUGUUUACUGGAAAGGAGGAGUCCGAGGUUUAUCUUGAGUGGGAGCGCCAAAUGGAUGCCAAUUUCGAAUGUUAUUCCUUGACGAACCGAAGGAAGAUUCACUAUGUGGCUGCCCAUCUUGCCGAAGAUGCCAUCAUGUGGUGGGAACGAGAAGAACGAAAUCGACGACGUGCACAUUAUGAACCGGUUUCCACUUGGAAGGAGAUGAAAAUCCUCAUGCGAAAAAGGUAUGUAUCUCGACAUUUUCUUCGUGAAUUACAAUAUAGAUUUGAUAACAUCGUGCAGGGAGACAAGGCGGUUGAGGACUAUUUUGGAGAAUUUGAACAACUCCUUGCUUACUUGAGAAUCGAGGACAAUGAAGAAGAUCUCAUGGCACACUUUCUAGAGGGCUUGAAAGACCGAAUCGCUAGAAAGGUAAACCCACACGGAUAUCGUGACUUGAGACAUCUUGUGCAUACGACAAUUCAAGUAGAGCGACAAAUGAACAAGAAGCCGUCAAAGAAUGGGUGCCAACGAAUGCCAACGCCAACGCUUAUACACAGAAACUUUUCCGAUACCGGAGACCCAAUCAAGGCGCAAAAUCUUGAUGCUCGAAAGGACGAAACUAUCUUAUAUACAAGAGAAGUCCACACACGAGGUAACAAAACUUCUUCCUCGUGUACUCAUUAUACUUGUGAGGUUUUGUGUUCGGAGUGUAGGAACCAAAGUCAUUUACCCAAUGGAAGUUCCACCCGAUAAGAGGUGAGCAUCAAGGAUAACGGGGUAUAUAACUCAAUCGCGAUGGCUGUGGGGAGACACCUUGAGGAAGAUUUCGAAGCUCCAUCCGACAAGGAGAACAAGAGCGUGACCGAAA